CCAAAAUAGCAUGGGAGGAGCGUUUAGAUAGUGCCGAAAAGGUUCGACAAACUGUUAUCAAAAAUCCUGUUAUUAAUUCAAUCAAUAGUGAAGAAACAUCACAUCGUGAAAAUCAAUCAGAAGAACAAAGAAAUGAAAUGGAUAUUCCUAAUGAUGAUCUUACUGCUAACCUGCAUAAAUAUCAUCCGGCUGAACAUAAAGAUUCAAAGAUUGAACUUCAAUAUCUCUUUACAUAUGAUUUAUCGCAACCUUUAUUUGUUCAUACACUUCAACAAGAUGUUUCUAUGCUUUUUAGUGACUAG